AUGAUCUCCACCGAUUCGAACAUCAUUAUUGUCGGGGCGGGUGUGUUUGGACUGAGUACCGCGCUCUGGCUUGCCCGUAGCGGAUACAAGAAUAUCACCAUCUAUGACCGAUGCGCCUUCGACAAGAAUCACUACAAUCCAUCCCAGGGCUGCGAUGGUGCAUCGGCUGAUAUCAACAAGGUCUUUCGCAUGGCCUAUGGAGAGGAACAUGAAUACCAAGCACUGGCCAUUGAGGCCAGGGAUACAUGGCUCGCAUGGAAUGAGGCCAUUGCCCAAAGUCCAUCUGCAGACCUGCCUGCUGGUCUAACCCCAGAUGACAAACUCCUCUAUCACUGUGGCAGCUAUUUCCUGGCUGAGGGAGGCAAGCUGCGAGACUUCUAUGAAAAGAGUCUGCAGACGAUGCAGGAUACCGCUCCUGAGAAUCGGAAGAUGCAAUUUGUCAGGGGAAAUUUGACCGACGAGGAGCGUUUGCGCAAGAUUAGCCCUAAGUGGCUUGAGAAGCUUCACAUUGUCGACGGCAUUAAUCAAGGAAAUAUCAACGGAUUCAUUGAUAUCAAUGCUGGGAUUACUAUCGCAGACAAGGCCUGUGUCUAUGCGCGCUUUUUGUGCGAGAAUGCCGGCGUGAAAUUUGUCCUAGGAGAGCCGCAAGGCAAACUCGACCACUUGAUUAUGGAAAAGAACGGUCUCGAGAAGAAAGCCAAAGGCAUCAAGACUGCAGAUGGUCUCAGCCAUUUCGCUGAUCUGGUGAUUGUUGCUGCCGGGAGUUGGUCUGCUUCGAUUGUCCCCGAAGCCCAUCGUACUGUGGAGGCCACCGCCGGGACGGUCAUGUUCAUUGAUAUCCCGCGGCACAGACAGGAUCUGUGGGAGAAGUUCCACCCGGAUAACUACCCCGUGUGGUCAUACCGCAGGGGCGAGGGUGACGACUAUUAUCAGGGCGGGGGAUUUCCCAUAACCAAGGAAGGAAGACUCAAAUUCGGGUAUCGGGGUCGCAAGUUCACCAACUUCAGAGCGCAUCCCCGUGAACAGAACUUGCGUAUAUCGACACCUCGAACAAAGUAUAGCCAAGACAGCAUUGACACCGUGCCGCUCUACGGGCUCCAACGCAUGAAGAGAGUUAUUUACGAGGCAUUCCCCGAACUGGCCGAGUUUGGAUUCACAGACAGCCGGCUAUGCUGGUACACCGACAGCAUCGACAACAAUUUCGUGAUUGACUACGUCCCUGAUUACUCUGACUCUCUCUUCAUAUGCACCGGAGGAUCUGGCCAUGGCUUCAAGUUCCUCCCAAUCCUUGGUCGACACGUCAAAAACCAACUCGAGCGCGUACCGGAUCAAUUUACUUCACUGUGGAAGUGGCGAGUCGCCAAAGAAGGCGAAUCAAACAAUGGACUCUCCGAGGGAGAAGAUGGUCCUAGGGAACUGUCUCGGGUUGUUCUGGCUGAACGAGAGGAUUUCAAAUUUGGAAAGGUAAAGGCGUCUUCAAACAUUACUGUUGCAAAAUACUAA